AUGAAAACGUUAACUUUAUAUUCAAAAAUUACUACAUUCCUUCUUUUAAUAUGGAUGUAUCAAUGUUUUUAUAACUGUGAUUACUAUAAAACAUGGACUGAUAAAAAUAUAUUGCAAACAAAACAUGAGUUAAAAUAUGAAAGAGUAUUAACAGAGGGUGACAUAGCAGAUGAAAACCAAUCUAAAGCUGAAGGAUGUCUAGAGGAAUGCCCAUCAUAUAAUAAAAAAAAAAAAAAAAAAAAUCGAUUUCAAUACCAGAAUCCAUCUCAUGGAGUCACAACUCCAUCAUUGUGGGAGAGUUUUGAUAAAAAAGCAAAAGAAAUGGACUCUAAUUUGAGAGACCAUGAAUUGAAUAUUAAAUGGAAUGAUGUUUCACGUGACAAUGUUAUUAAUCUAUCUUCAAAAAUUUAUCAACGAAAUAUUCCAGGUGAAGGAAGACAAAUAUUAAUUCUUAGUGAUACGAAAGAUCACUCAAACUUAAAGAAAUUAUUAGACGAAUUGAAGAAAGAGAUAAGAGACAAUAAAACAGAAUUCGAAUCUAUGAAAGAGAUGAGAAACAAUAAAACAGAAUCCGAAUCUAAAAAAGAGAUGAGAGGAUAUAUGACAUUUUACGAAUUUAUGAAAGAGAAGAUAUACAAUAAAACAGAACACUAA